AUGGGUGGGCUCGAGGAGAUCAAGAAUGAAGCCGUCGAUCUGGAGAACAUCCCCAUCGAGGAGGUGUUCGAACAGCUGAAAUGCACCCGCGAGGGGCUGAGCUCCAGCGAGGGCCAGCAACGUCUCGAGAUCUUUGGCCCCAACAAGCUCGAGGAGAAGAAGGAGAGCAAGUUCCUCAAGUUCCUUGGGUUCAUGUGGAACCCGCUGUCAUGGGUCAUGGAGAUGGCUGCCAUCAUGGCCAUUGCCCUUGCCAACGGUGGUGGCAAGCCCCCGGAUUGGGAGGACUUCGUCGGUAUCAUCGUGCUCCUGGUUAUCAACUCCACUAUCUCCUUCAUUGAGGAGAACAAUGCCGGCAACGCCGCGGCUGCACUCAUGGCCAACCUUGCUCCCAAAACCAAGGUUCUUAGAGAUGGCCGAUGGGGCGAGCAGGAGGCUGCAAUCUUGGUUCCUGGUGACAUCAUCAGCAUCAAGCUUGGUGAUAUCGUCCCUGCCGAUGCUCGUCUCCUCGAGGGUGAUCCUCUCAAGGUUGACCAGUCUGCGCUUACCGGAGAAUCCCUCCCGGUUACCAGGGGCCCUGGGGACGAAGUCUUCUCAGGGUCCACUUGUAAGCAGGGCGAGAUCGAGGCCGUGGUCAUUGCCACCGGAGUGCACACCUUUUUCGGCAAGGCUGCUCAUCUUGUGGACAGCACCAACCAGGUCGGACACUUCCAACAGGUCCUGACAGCAAUUGGUAACUUCUGCAUCUGCUCGAUUGCGGUCGGCAUCAUCGUCGAGAUCAUCGUCAUGUUCCCAAUUCAGCACCGCAAAUACCGCAGCGGAAUUGAGAACCUGUUGGUCCUCUUGAUCGGUGGUAUCCCAAUUGCCAUGCCUACUGUGCUUUCAGUCACCAUGGCCAUCGGUUCGCACAAGCUGUCACAGCAGGGUGCCAUCACUAAGAGGAUGACUGCCAUUGAGGAGAUGGCUGGUAUGGAUGUGCUUUGCAGUGACAAGACUGGCACACUCACCCUGAACAAGCUUAGUGUCGACAAGAACCUCGUCGAGGUGUUUUGCAAAGGCGUCGACAAAGACCAUGUGUUGCUGUUGGCUGCAAGGGCUUCAAGGACUGAGAACCAGGAUGCCAUCGAUGCUGCCAUGGUUGGCAUGCUUGCUGAUCCCAAGGAGGCAAGGGCUGGUAUAAGGGAAGUCCACUUCUUGCCCUUCAACCCUGUUGAUAAGAGGACUGCUCUGACAUACAUUGAUGGCGAUGGCAACUGGCACCGUGUCAGCAAGGGUGCUCCCGAGCAGAUUCUUGACCUGUGCCACUGCAAGGAGGAUUUGAGGCGGAAGGUGCACGGUAUUAUCGAGAAGUUUGCCGAGCGUGGUCUUCGUUCGCUUGCUGUUGCCAGACAGGAAGUGCCUGAGAAAAGUAAGGAGUCCCCUGGUGGACCAUGGCAAUUCGUUGGUUUGUUGCCUCUGUUUGAUCCACCUAGGCACGACAGUGCUGAGACAAUUCGCAAGGCUCUUGUUCUUGGUGUUAAUGUCAAGAUGAUUACUGGUGAUCAGCUUGCUAUUGGUAAGGAGACUGGAAGGAGGCUUGGCAUGGGUACCAACAUGUAUCCUUCCUCAGCAUUGCUCGGCCAAAACAAGGAUUCUACACUUGAAGCACUUCCUGUAGAUGAACUCAUUGAGAAGGCUGAUGGUUUUGCCGGAGUCUUCCCUGAACACAAGUAUGAGAUUGUGAAGAGACUACAAGAGAAGAAACACAUUGUUGGUAUGACUGGAGAUGGUGUCAACGAUGCCCCCGCUCUUAAGAAGGCCGACAUCGGUAUUGCUGUUGCAGAUGCUACUGAUGCUGCAAGGAGUGCUUCCGAUAUUGUCCUUACUGAGCCAGGUCUUAGUGUCAUUAUCAGCGCUGUCCUUACCAGCAGAUGCAUCUUCCAGAGGAUGAAGAACUACACCAUUUAUGCUGUUUCCAUCACAAUCCGUAUAGUGCUUGGAUUUAUGCUCAUUGCUUUGAUCUGGCAAUACGAUUUCUCUCCCUUCAUGGUCCUUAUCAUUGCCAUUCUCAAUGACGGUACUAUCAUGACCAUCUCCAAGGACAGAGUUAAGCCAUCUCCCUUGCCCGACAGCUGGAAGCUGAAGGAAAUCUUUGCUACCGGUGUCGUGCUUGGAAGCUACCUUGCUCUGAUGACUGUCAUUUUCUUCUGGGCUAUGCACAAGACCGACUUCUUCUCGGACAAAUUCGGUGUGAGGUCAAUCAGAGACAGUGAGCAUGAGAUGAUGUCUGCGUUGUACCUCCAAGUCAGUAUUGUGAGCCAGGCUCUGAUCUUCGUCACCCGUUCCCGUAGCUGGUCCUUCGUGGAGCGCCCUGGUCUGCUCCUGGUCACCGCGUUCCUGCUCGCUCAACUUGUUGCUACCUUCCUGGCUGUCUACGCCAACUGGGGCUUCGCCAGGAUCAAGGGUAUCGGCUGGGGCUGGGCUGGUGUCGUCUGGCUCUACAGCAUCGUGUUCUACUUCCCUCUGGACCUGAUCAAGUUCUUCAUCCGCUUCGUGCUCAGCGGCAGGGCAUGGGACAACCUCCUCGAGAACAAGACCGCCUUCACCACCAAGAAGGAUUACGGGCGGGAAGAGAGGGAGGCGCAAUGGGCCACCGCGCAGAGGACGCUGCACGGUCUCCAGCCGCCGGAGGCUGCCACCAACACGCUGUUCAACGACAAGAGCAGCUACCGCGAGCUGUCGGAGAUCGCUGAGCAAGCCAAGAGACGAGCUGAGAUCGCGAGGCUGAGGGAGCUCAACACCCUCAAGGGCCACGUGGAGUCGGUGGUGAAGCUCAAGGGGCUGGACAUCGACACCAUCCAGCAGAACUACACGGUGUGA